UUUGAAAUUUGUUCCUCUCUGAAAUCCUCUCUCUGCAAAUAUAAUGAUAAUCGAUAUCAAUCUAUUAGUUAAAUUGAUUAUGAUGAUUGUAUUUCUUUUAUUUUUUGAUGAUUUUUGUGGAUUUUUUUUCUAGGGUUUGUUGUUUUUGUUGUUGAAUAUGGCGACUUUUGAACUAUAUAGAAGGUCUACAAUUGGGAUGUGUUUGACUGAAACUCUUGAUGAGAUGGUUUCUAAUGGAACUCUUAGUCCUGAACUUGCUAUUCAAGUUCUUAUCCAAUUUGAUAAAUCUAUGACUGAAGCUUUGGAAACUCAGGUUAAGAGCAAAGUCACAAUCAAGGGACAUCUGCACACCUACAGGUUCUGCGACAAUGUAUGGACCUUUAUCUUGCAAAAUGCAUUGUUUAAGAACGAGGAGUGCCAAGAGAAUGUUGGCAAGGUUAAAAUUGUUGCAUGCGACUCCAAGUUGCUCAGUCAAUGAGUUCAGAUAGACUGUUUUCUCUUUCUGAGUUGUGUUUUAAUGACACAUAACAUUUGUGUUAAAAAAAGGGUUUGCUGGAAUGCACAGUACCCUUCCACUUUGCAAAUCUGUUAAUUUGUAGACAUGUCAAGAAGGGAGAGGUAGGUAGUCAAAUGUAUGACAUGAACCAAGAAAACUGAUGAUACUGCAGUUAUUCAAUUUCA